CCGCAUUUGGGCUUAACUCUUUAAAGGUAGGUUCGUGACCCGUGAGAAAGUUGGUGGUAAAUGUGCCACGUCUUCUAAGAAGGGGGAGUCCUGAACUUGCCUGAAGCCAUUGUCCCUAAGCCUUGAACUACAUUCUUAAAUCUAUGAAGUCGAGGGCCCUUUCGCUGCUUUUGUAGGGACUUCUUUCCUUCCUCAGCAACAUGAGGCUUUUCUUGUGGAAAGCGGUCUUGACUCUGUUCGUCACUUCUUUGAUUGGGGCUUUGAUCCCUGAACCAGAAGUGAAAAUUGAAGUUCUCCAGAAGCCAUUCAUCUGCCAUCGCAAGACCAAAGGAGGGGAUUUGAUGUUGGUCCACUAUGAAGGCUACUUAGAAAAGGACGGCUCCUUGUUUCACUCCACUCACAAACAUAACAAUGGUCAGCCCAUUUGGUUUACCCUGGGCAUCCUGGAGGCUCUCAAAGGUUGGGACCAGGGCUUGAAAGGAAUGUGUGUAGGAGAGAAGAGAAAACUAAUCAUUCCUCCUGCUCUGGGCUAUGGAAAAGAAGGAAAAGGUAAAAUUCCCCCAGAAAGUACACUGAUAUUUAAUAUUGAUCUCCUGGAGAUUCGAAAUGGACCAAGAUCCCAUGAAUCAUUCCAAGAAAUGGAUCUUAAUGAUGACUGGAAACUCUCUAAAGAUGAGGUUAAAGCAUAUUUAAAGAAGGAGUUUGAAAAACAUGGUGCGGUGGUGAAUGAAAGUCAUCAUGAUGCUUUGGUGGAGGAUAUUUUUGAUAAAGAAGAUGAAGACAAAGAUGGGUUUAUAUCUGCCAGAGAAUUUACAUAUAAACACGAUGAGUUAUAGAGAUACAUCUACCCUUUUAAUAUAGCACUCAUCUUUCAAGAGAGGGCAGUCAUCUUUAAAGAAAAUUUUAUUUUUAAACAAUGUUCUUUCUUGCUUUGUUUUUUAUUUUUAUAUAUUUUUCUGACCCCUAUUUAAAGAACCCCUUAGGGUUUCUAAUACCCAUUUCUUUCUGGUAAGUUAUUGGGAAGAAAAAGCUAAUUGAUCUUUGAAUAGAAGACUUCUGGACAAUUUUUCACUUUCACAGAUAUGAAGCUUUGUUUUACUUUCUCACUUAUAAAUUAAAAAUGUUGCAACUGGGAACAUACCACGACAUGAGACCAGGUUAUAGCACAAAUUAGCACCCUAUAUUUCUGCUUCCCUCUAUUUUCUCCAAGUUAGAGGUCAACAUUUGAAAAGCCUUUUGCAAUAGCCCAAGGCUUGCUAUUUUCAUGUUAUAAUGAAAUAGUUUAUGUGUAACUGGCUCUGAGACUCUCCUUGAGGACCAGAGGAAGACGGUUGUUGGACCUGACUUGCUAAUGGCUACUGCUUUACUAAGGAGAUGUGCAAUGCUGAAGUUAGAAACAAGGUUAAUAGCCAGGCACGGUGGCUCACGCCUGUAAUCCCAGCACUUCGGGAGGCUGAGGCGGGCAGAUCACCUGAGGUCGGGAGUUCGAGACCAACCUGACCGACAUGGAGAAACCCUAUCUCUACUAAAAAUACAAAAUUAGCCGGGCGUGGUGAUGCAUGCCUGUAAUCCCAGCUACUCAGGAAGGCUGAGGCGGCGGAAUCACUUGAACCCGGAGGCGGAGGUUGCGGUGAGCCGAGAUUGCCUCCAUCCUGGACGCUCUGUCUCGAAAAAAAGAAAAGAAACACGGUUAAUAACAUAUAAAUAUGUAUGCAUUGAGACAUGCUACCUAGGACUUAAGCUGAUGAAGCUUGGCUCCUAGUGAUUGGUGGCCUAUUAUGAUAAAUAGGACAAAUCAUUUAUGUGUGAGUUUCUUUGUAAUAAAAUGUAUCAAUAUGUUAUAGAUGAGGUAGAAAGUUAUAUUUAUAUUCAAUAUUUACUUCUUAAGGCUAGCGGAAUAUCCUUCCUGGUUCUUUAAUGGGUAGUCUAUAGUAUAUUAUACUAUAAUAACAUUGUAUCAUAAGAUAAAGUAGUAAACCAGUCUACAUUUUCCCAUUUCUGUCUCAUCAAAAACUGAAGUUAGCUGGGUGUGGUGGCUCAUGCCUGUAAUCCCAGCACUUUGGGGGCCAAGGAGGGUGGAUCACUUGAGAUCAGGAGUUCAAGACCAGCCUGGCCAACAUGGUGAAACCUCGUCUCUACUAAAAAUACAAAAAUUAGCCAGGCGUGGUGGUGCACACCUGUAGUCCCAGCUACUCGGGAGGCUGAGACAGGAGAUUUGCUUGAACCCAGCAGGCGGAGGUUGCAGUGAGCCAAGAUUGUGCCACUGCACUCCAGCCUGGGUGACAGAGCAAGACUCCAUCUCAAAAAAAAAAAAAAAAAAAAAAAAAGAA